AUGUCGCGAGCAGCGGACGGCACUGCGGCCGGGGGGGCUCACGGUGCCGCCGUCACCCCCGCGGCCGUCACCUUCCGCGCCGCGGCCCCCCCGCAGGAGGCUGCCAAGGGGACGACCAAGCGCAUCAGCCUGGCCGGCAUCCAAGGGGUGUCCUCGGCGCCGCUUGACGUCGACAUCCCGGCUGGAGUAGACUCGGGGCAAACUAUCCAGGCGCGCGUGCCGGCGUCCGCGCCGGGCGCGCCCGGCGGGCGCAUGCGGAUUCUGCUGCGGGUGGAGGUCGAGCCGCACCCCCUCUUCCAGCGCGAGGGUGUCCACGUUCACAGCAGCUUGGAGAUGCGGCUAGCGGAGGCCCUCCUCGGCAGGUCUGUUUCAGUGCCGACCAUUGACGGCAUGGCCUCGCUGAGCGUGCCGCCGCUGACUCAGAACGGGGACGUGCUGCGCAUGCGCGGCAAGGGCGUGGCCGACCCCCGGGGCAGGGGGCGCGGCGACCAAUUGGUUCACAUCAGGGUCGUCCGGCCGAGCCAUUUGACCGAGCGGCAGCGGCAGCUCCUCCAGGAGUUUGACCGGGACGCGCAGCAGCAGCAACAGCAGUCGGGGCAGCAGCAGCAGUAUCACCAGCAGCAGCAGCAGCGGUCGCAACGCGGCGGCGGCAGUAGAUAG